AGUAAUUGGGUGGCAAGGCAAGUCGGAAGGGAGUCCUGGACUAUGACGGUCCGGCACAAGGAGGGAUUCCUCUCCAACAGAAGAGACCGGCGAGAAGGGAAGAAGCGAAAUCCCCUUUCAUCGAUUACAUAUUAGAGGUUUGGGUUAGGCGUUGAUCUCGAUCGCCGGCGGAGAUGCAGCACGGGAGGACCCCCGUUCAGUUUGAUCCAGAGGUCGGCUCCGGCGCCGGUGACAGUGAUGAAGGCCCGUCUCCCACACCGUCCUCUGCGCGUUCUACGGUCUGGACGCCAUCGGAUUCGCCACACGAGCUCGCGGACCAGGACAAUCACAGAGUCGGCGACGAGGAUUUCCGUGAGCACCUCGCUGUUUUGUCCAGCAGGCCUCGCCCCAUAACCGUCGUCGGGCCCAGGAUGGACUGGGAACAGCAACGCAAGGUCGACGAGCGCCUUGCGCUCUACCGCAUCAGAGCAUCCAAGAUGGCACAGGGAGUGUCCAUGGAUGAGCUGGAUGACAUGACUCUGAGAAAGGAAUACCCCCCGGAAGCUCUCGAGGAAGCGUAUUACUUCAGUGACUACGGCCGUGAGGGCACCAUCGAUUGGCACUUCGACCCUGACCUCUCCGUCCACUCCUACUUGAGUGACUACCACCGCCUUGUCCUUAAAAAUGGAGAUGGCACGAGGUAUCUUGAAUGGGAUAAGUACUGCUCGUGGUUUACUACCUAUGAAACAGAUGAAGAGUAUCUCAAGUACUUUGAAGAAAUAUCAAAGAAAAUCAAGUGGAUCAAACGUUACAUGAUAUUUGAAAGAGAAUCUCCUGAGUGGAUAGAGAUGGAAGCUAGAGCAUAUCGGCAAGCAGUGGAGAUCGCGGUAGACUUUCCCCACAUUAGCUCUGAUUUAGCUUUUACUGCAUACACGGAUCAUAUUUUUAACAUGAGAUCUGAUUAUUUUGACCGUGAAGAAAUUGAUCCUCUUCUUUUUGAUAUUUGGAAGCGUGUCACUAAGCAAAAGAUUACAUUCAGACAGGCUCUGGACCAAAUUCGGCAAGAGAACAUGUUCCCUCGACAUGAGAAGUGUAUACAAUUUGUACUGGAUUAUAGUAGUACCUAUACUCGCUUGCAAUUAACUUUUGAUACUUGUGUGGAAGACAUCCCUGAUGAGACUCCAGAGGAUGAAGGACGUAGGUUGAUUACAAUGGCGGUCUGGACUAAGCUUCACAAAGAGAAGACGUGGAGUGAGUAUAUUAUGAGGAAGAUAGAGAUUGCUAAACACAUUGGGUUGGAUCUCCAAGCUACAUGUAUCCCAAUUUAAGACCCAGAAGGAUGUGGACUGUUUUUGUCGAACAAAAUAUUGUUCGUUGCUCAUUUGGAUGCAAAUUAAGAUGAAUCCGUGUAGUAUAUGCUGAUAGUGCCUUUAAUUGGAAUGCGGUGAUUCGGUGCCCACCUGGCAUGUACGAGGAACACUGUUGGACCCAAUUUUGUUUGCCUAGAGGUCCUCAAAUUUCCAAAUACCGCAAAAAUCGGCAUGCUCCUUGUGCAAUUGAGCAUUUUUUUGCCGAAGGGUCUAGAAUUUGUACUAUUUUUUGGUUUUGUUGUUCAUCAGGUGCAGAUGAGCUGGGCUUGGAUGUGAAUUACCGCUUGAGUUGCAACUCAUAUCUUGGUAAAAACAAAUACUGUUGAAUGAAAUGUUAUGAUGUACUA